AUGGUCAACCCGACGCCGAAUUCACAAGCUAGUAGCCGAGCCAUCGAGAGGCUUUCCACCAGCAGGAACUUCGGGGUAGGCUCCGAGACCAAGACGGACGAUCCCGUCUGGCUGCAUCAACUCGUCUUCGAGACAUACCUACCCGCGUGGAGGUUCUACAUUGCCUCGAUGGAGCGGCAGUUUUUACCGUUGUCAUAUAAAACACUGAUAAACUUCAUCGACGAACCUACAACAAUGAAACCAAGCCACCUCACAAAACUAGCCAGCCUCGCGAACCGGUUCCAGACAAUCUCAUCAAUCUUGGAAUCAUCCGAGGAGACGCUGACGGAGCUAUCUGCCCUAUGCACCCGCCGUUUGCUGCUGCCAAAGGGGUCGGUGAAGAACGCAGACAGCGACGACGUACUGCAAGAAUCAGCAUCAGAGUUUGAAAACUUUCGCCGCCAGUGCAGAGCCUUCUCGCGGACGGCGACGGACCUGCACCACCGAGCGCAAACGACGUCGCAGCUGCUGGCCAACACGCUCUCCUUUCGCGAGCAGCUCGACUCCAGGAAGCAGAAUGAGAAUAUGCUGCGGUUGAAUAAGUCGGUGGUGUUUAUUACUACGCUGACGCUGCUUUACUUGCCGCCUUCGUUUAUAGCUACCUUCUUUGGAAUGAACUUUUUCAAUAUGGACACUGUGACUGGCAAGAUUGUCGGCAGUCCGAUGAUUUGGAUAUAUGCGCUUUGCUCUGUCCUCCUCACGACGGCGACCUUUGCGACGUAUUACACGAUGCGUGAAGGGAGCUACCUCAACGCCAAGGUAUUGGAGAUGAGAGACCUGAACUGGCGGAAGAUUUGGUACCGCAAACAGCACAACGACAAGGACAUCGAAUUGAAUAGCCUGGAAGUUUGA